UUUGGUGCUUCAUAAGACUUCUCCUACCACCACCACCGCCACCACCACCUCCACCUUCACCUCCACUUUGUACCGUGUUAGCUGCUGCUUGUAAGGUGGACAGUGGACUCGUCCACUCUGUAAAAGUGACAGUAAUCGUAGUCAAUGAAACAUUUUAAAGUGGUUUCUCCCCUCUAACUGAACAAUUUAUUACUGCCAAAAUCGACACACUGACACACACACACACAAAAGGCAGAUAGGUAGAGGAGGAGAAAAUGGCUGAGCCGAAAGGUAAACCCUCCUCACGGAACAUCGAUUUGCAGGUGUUAACUAAAGUCAUCUUCAUACUGACCAGUCUAGCAUGCUUUAUCGAUGGCCAGGUAUUGCAACCACCGUAUUUAAACUUAGCCGAAAGAAAGACCGUCUGGGCGUCAUCCACAUGUGGAGUUGACGGCAACGUUCCUGAAAUGUAUUGUCGUCUGACAGGAGUCACUCCAAUUACCCACGACAAUUUGGUAAUUCAACCCCAUAUCGAAAUCCAGGCUGGACAAUUUUGUGAAUACUGUGAUUCGACCAGUAAAGGAGAGUCACACCCGGCUGAUUAUGCCGUCGAUGGAACCGAAAAUUGGUGGCAAAGUCCACCGUUGUCCAGGGGUAUUGAAUACAAUAAGGUUAACUUCACAGUGGAACUGGGUCAGGAAUUCCAAGUUUCCUACGUUUGGAUAAAAAUGGCCAAUUCACCACGUCCCGCUGUAUGGAUUCUUGAAAGAUCUACAGACUUUGGCAAAACAUGGUCUCCAUGGCAAUAUUUCAGUGGAAGUGACAGCGAGUGCCGUGAAUAUUUCAGAAUCCCGUCAUCUGAAUCACCUAGGCGCGAUGAUGAGGCUAUAUGCACUACAAAGUUCUAUGUUGUUCCUCUUGAAGAUGGAGAAAUUAUUGUUUCUUUAGUUGAUGACCGACCAAGCUCUCUAAAUUUCUCGAGUUCACUUGAUCUGCAAGAGUGGACAAAAGCUACAAAUGUCAGACUUCAAUUUAUGCAAACCAACACAUUGUUGGGUCACUUGAUGGCUGUAAAGAGACAAGACGUCACUGUAACAAGAAGGUACUUUUACAGUAUCCGAGACAUCUCUAUUGGUGGCCGGUGUGUAUGCAACGGCCAUGCUGAGCGCUGUGAUACAAAAGACCAGAAAAAUCCUGACAUUCAUUAUUGUAGAUGUGAACACAACACUUGUGGUCGGCAGUGUGAGAAAUGUUGUCCUGGAUUUGAACAGAAGAGAUGGAGACCUUUGAAGACAAAUGAGCUUUUUACGUGUGAACCCUGUAACUGCCACAAUCACAGCAGCAGGUGUAUCUAUGAUGCUGAAGUUGACAGGAAACGGCUUUCCCUUGAUAUACAUGGAAGAUAUUCAGGUGGAGGUGUUUGUCAAGAUUGCCAGCAUUUCACUGAAGGAAUCAACUGUGAAAAAUGCCGUCGAGGGCAUUACCGAGACAGUAGGGUUUCAAUAACUUCGAAGCAUGCUUGUAAACGAUGUCAAUGUCGCGGUCAGUUCUCAACGGGAGAUUGUGAUCCCAAUACUGGACAGUGUCUCUGUAAACGGAAAUAUACUGGAAGGAACUGUGACCGAUGUAAUAUCGGCUACCAUAGUUUCCCUGAAUGUAAACCCUGUGAAUGCAACCAGAUUGGUACAGUAAAUCGUGUCUGUCAGAUUCCUCGAGGGAACAGGGGACAAAAACAAUGUCCCUGUAAACCUAAUUACACUGGUAUUUACUGUGACUCUUGUCAACAAGGAUAUUUUGGGUUCCCUGAUUGCAAACGCUGUGUAUGUAACAGAAUUGGUUCAAGAGGUAGUCAUUGCGACAAGGAUUCAGGUCGGUGCCAUUGUCAUCCUGGCUUUGCAGGCCUUUCUUGCAACCAAUGUGCAGUUGGCUAUUUUGAUGUGCAUAACAAUUGCAGAUUGUGCAACUGUGAUGUGAAUGGCUGCACCAGGGAAGUUUGUGACCGCAAAUAUGGCCGGUGCAUAUGUAAACCAAAUUUCUCAGGUGCCAGGUGUGAUCAGUGCCGAACAGGUUACUACCAGUUCCCUCAGUGCUACGAGUGUGGCUGCUCACAAGUUGGUUCCAGAGAUUCAAACUGUCGAAACAAUGGACAAUGUAUGUGUAAGAGAAACUUUGCUGGACGUCAAUGCAGUCAGUGUGCUCCAGGAUUUUACCGCUUCCCAGACUGUAUCCCUUGUAAUUGUUCCGAUAGUGGCUCUGAAGGUCAAACAUGUAACCAGGCUACUGGUCGAUGUCUGUGCCGUCGUAAUUUUCAAGGUUUCAAAUGUGACCAAUGUAAAAGGAACUACUAUAAAUAUCCCCAGUGUAUAGAACUGAUGUACAAUCAACAGGCUGGCAAGCUUUGUGACUGCAAUCCAGCUGGUGCUGUACAAGUUGCUGGACAACCCCUUGGUGAUUGUGGUCUGACCAAUGAGCGAAGGUGCCGAUGCAAAGCAAGAGUUACUGGCGAGAAGUGCAACAUGUGUAAACAAGGGUUUUGGGGCCUUGACAUCCAACAUAAAGAAGGAUGUGCAGAGUGCCAAUGCAGCUCAGCUGGAACAACUGGUGGCUUUAACGAUUGUGAUUGGAGAAGUGGUCAGUGUCUGUGUAAACCAUCUGUAACUGGACGUAUGUGUUCCGCAUGUUUGCGUGGAACCUAUAAUCUCCAACGCAACAACCCAUUUGGAUGUGAUGCCUGUAACUGCAAUAUUGGAGGUUCAAUAAACAUUGGUUGCCAACACAAUAUUGGUCAGUGUAACUGUAAACCAGGAAUUGAAGGAGUGAAAUGUGACCGACCACAAAGAGGUUUCUAUUUCCCAACAUUACAUCAACAUAAAUAUGAAUUUGAGGAUGGUUCUCAGUAUGGAGGAGGUAAAGCUAUCUUUGCAUUUAAUGAAGGAGACUUUCCUGAGUUUUCUUGGAGAGGUUAUGCCAUUAUGUCCAGUAAACAGAGAGAGCUUUUGGUUAACGUAAUGGUAAGGCGACCGAUACUGUGUCGCAUUAUCAUCCGUUACUUCAACAAGCAACGCCAGACUGUCCAUGGUACGGUUUCUGUCAUCAACAAUGAGCAGAAAAUUGACAUCAUGUACAGACCAUCUAAUAAACCAGAAUUAACCAAGUUGUCAGAUUUUGCUAUACCAUUUGUGCUAAAUCCUGGACAGUGGGCCUUGUCUUUUAAAGCUGAUCAAGACAUCCUGUUGGAUUAUUUUGUGCUUAUUCCCCAACAAUAUUAUGAACCAACAGUGUUACAACAUCAAGUAUCUCGACAAUGCAGAAUUCCAAUGGAUAAUGAACCGUGCCAGCAUUACCAAUAUCCUUCUCUGGAGAAUUAUCCUACUGUUAAGGCGGAAGAUAUGUCAGUCAUUGCUAGUACCCUUCCCAAACCAUUGCAACAUUUGUCCAAUGCUACCAUUUUGAAUGAAUUCGGUAUUCCCAAAUUACUCCUUAUGCACAGUGAGCUCCAGAGCACUCUAAGUUUUAGUGCCCGAGUCAACAACUAUGCAGAUUAUUAUCUGAUAAUCAAUUACUUCAACCCAACAGAGGGUCGGCAACAUCCAACCCUUUCCGUCACCAGUUCAGACAAUCAGGUGGGAGAAGUAAAACCCUAUUACUGCCCAUACAGUUCCAUGUGUCGUCAGGUAGUCACCAACUAUAGAGACAAAAAGCCAACUGUGUUCAGGAUCCCCCGCUUCUUGGACUUCCUUAUUACAGGAAAGGAUGUUCAUAUCUAUGUUGAAUCAGUAGCUCUAAUUCCAGCAGAGGCAUGGACUACACGUUUUCUACAACCCAGACUUAAAUGUGUGCGUGUGAACAAAGUCUGUAGGACCGUGAAACACCAAACAGUUUCCGGUUCUAUUAAGAUUGAAGCAGAGAGUGGAGUGAACAGUCACCACAGAACCAAUGAACUCCCAGAUGGUAUCAAAGAUACUUCUGCUGGACUUGUUAAACUUGAUGAAAAAAUGCCAUCCAUUGAUGUCGCUGGAGUUGUUCGCACACCAGACAAAAAUCAUAUUGUUGUUCAUUACUACCAACCAAAAUACCCAGGAUUCCCAGUAACAGUAAAUGUCCAUUCUCCAGAAUAUGCUUACUCAGAUGAACCUUAUUCACCGUCAAGAGCAGCAUUAUUAUCCCCAGAUAUAUCUGUAGGUGAAGGAUCAUUCUAUGCUGAUUAUUGCCCUAGUGAUACCGGUUGUCGAGCAGUUGUUAAACUUGGAGACAGUGGAAAAAGUGAAGUGAACUUCCCAAAUAAUGAAGCUCGCAUAAAAUUCACUGUUACAAAACCUUCGAAGAUGUGGCUUGAUUAUGUUUUGCUUAUCCCUGGUUACCUACACCGACCAGCUGAACAAGAUUUACCCACUGUGGACAUGGCUGAAGAAUUUCUGAAAAAGUGUACAGAUGAUGUACUGUCUUACAAACCAAGCCCCACCUGCAGUAAACAGUUAUUUGCAUUAACAACAGACUACAAUAAUGGAACUCUACCCUGUAAAUGUGAUCCUGAUGGCUCUAUGUCUAUUGACUGUGAAUCUUUAGGUGGACAGUGCCGUUGUUUGCCUAAUGUCAUUGGAAGAGAUUGUUCUACUUGCAAACACGGCUUCUAUGGAUUCCCUUCAUGUAAACGUUGUGAAUGCAGUGUUGGACUGUGUCAUCCUGUUACUGGAGACUGUGUCUGUCCGCCACAUGUGACAGGGCGAAAGUGUGAUCGCUGUUUACCAAAUACAUAUGCAUAUGACCCAUAUAUAGGAUGUAAGCAAUGUGGUUGUAAUGCCCGCGGUGUUAUGAAUAAUAACCUGAACUGUGACCAAAAUACUGGACAGUGCAAAUGCCUAAACAGGUUUGGUGGUCGAACAUGUGACAAGUGUGCCCCAGGUAGCUAUUCCUACCCGCAUUGUGUACCCUGUGCCUGUAAUGCUACUGGAGCUGAAGAUGAUGUAUGUGAUCAAGACUCUGGCCAAUGCCUUUGCAAGAAAAAUGUUGAGAAAUCUCGUUGUCGUGAUUGUCUUUCUGGAAGUUUCCAUCUGGAAAGAAAUAACCCAAAUGGCUGCACCACCUGUUUCUGUUUUGGAGUGAUUAGCAGCUGCAGCAAGUCCAAUCUUCGCUGGAGCCAGGUAUCCACAUUGAGGAACUGGAAUAUCCAAAAUACUAAUGGAGUUAACAUUAUUGCUAGUAGCCACAUCCAAGCCAAGGUGAAUGAACGGGUCUCUAUUCCUAGUGAAGCAAUCUAUUGGUCUGCCCCUUCGGCCUAUCUUGGUAACAAGAUUCCUUCUUAUGGUGGCCGAUUGAGUUACAAGAUUGUUUUCUCAAGUAAAUCAGAUGGUGUUGAAACUGUAGGACCUGAUGUUAUCUUGGUGGGUAACAAUAUGUCAUUGGCAUACUACAGCAAGAAUCCUCCAGAGAACAACCGGAGACAAGAAUUCAUUGUGGACCUCCGCGAGUAUACCUUCAUGCAUGAAAUCCAUGGCACUCCUGUGCGAAGAGACCAAUUCAUGAUGGUCUUGGCACAUCUGGAAGGAAUUUACAUCAAAGCAUCCUAUUUGAGUAAAGUACUUGAGAUUAGGUUAAGCAAUGUUCAGCUGGAAGUUGCUACUAAAAAUGGUAAUGGAAAUCUGGCACAUACAGUAGAAAAAUGCCAUUGUCCAGCAAGUUACAGAGGUACUUCUUGUGAGAAAUGUGCAUCUGGACACUACCGAAGACGGAAAAGUCCAUUCUUUGGUUUGUGUUCCCCAUGUGAAUGCAAUGGACAUACAAAGAAGUGUGACCCAACAACAGGAGAGUGUUUGGACUGCCAGGACAACACCACAGGAUUUUAUUGUGAGAAGUGUAAACCAGGUUAUUCUGGAGAUCCAGCCAAUGGGGUUUGUGCAAUCUGUGCCUGCCCUAUGCCAGUUGCUUCAAAUAACUUUGCCAAAAAUUGUGUUACUAAUUCUCGCGGUGACACCAGUUUCUGCUCAUGUAGAGAGGGAUACAGAGGUGCAAAAUGUGACAAAUGUUCUCCAGGAUACUAUGGAGAUCCACUGAAGAUUGGUGGAUCAUGCCAACCCUGCCAGUGUAGUGAUAACAUCGAUCUCAAUAAUCCUAACAGCUGUGAUAAAAAAACAGGAGAAUGUAGAAACUGCACAAAUAAUUCUGCUGGCAAAAAUUGCAACAUAUGUAAGGAAGGAUGGUUUGGUGAUCCAGUUAUGGCGAAGAACUGUACAAGGUGUACUUGUGAUACCUGUGGUACUUCUAAGUGUGAUGAUACAUUUGGUUUCUGCUACUGCAAGCCUAAUGUUGUUGGGAAGAAAUGUAACAGAUGCUUGCCAAAUCAUUAUGGUUUCAAAGACUGCAACGGCUGCAAGAGUUGUGAUUGUGGUCUUGCUUCUCGUUCCGAUUCAUGUGAUGACAUGACUGGACAGUGCCGAUGUGAGCCAGGUGCUGGUGGACGUAAGUGUGACCGCUGUCUAGAUGGCUACUGGGAUUAUGGUCCAAACGGUUGUAAACGUUGUUCUUGUGCAAGAACUGGAGUUUCCCGAACAUGUGACCCUGUAACUGGUGUGUGCCGUUGUAUGGAAGGUUAUGUAGGAAGCUCUUGUAAUCGAUGUGCUAAAGAUUGGGUCAAAGUACCUGGGAAAGGAUGCAGCCGUGAGUAA